GAUGAUGAUGAUGAUGAUGAUGAUGAUGAUGAUGAUGAUUCGCAUGAUGAUGGUGAUGAUCAUGAUCCGGAUGAUGAUGAUGAUGAUGUUGAUGAUGAUCACGACGAUGAUGAUGUUGACGAUGAUGAUGUUGAUGAGGAUUCGGAUGAUGAUGAUGGUGAUGACGAUGAUGAUGAUGAUGAUUCGGAUGAUGAUGAUGAUGAUGAUGAUGAUGAUGAUGAUGACGAUGAUGAUGAUGAUGAUGAUUAUGAUGAUGAUGAUGAUGAUGAUGAUGAUGAUGAUUCGGAUGAUGAUGAUGAUUCGGUCGAUGAUUAUGAUGAUUGGGAUGAUGUUGAUGUUGAUGAUGAUGAUGAUUCGGAUGAUGAUAAUGACGAUGAUUCGGAUGAUGAUGAUGAUGAUUCGGAUGAUGAUGAUGAUGAUGAUGAUGAUGAUGAUGACGAUGAGGAUGAUGAUUCGGAUCCGAUGAUAAUGAUGAUGAUUCGGAUGAUGACGAUGAUAACGUUGAUGAUGACGAUGUUGACGAUGAUGAUGAUGAUGAUGAUGAUGAUGGUGAUGAUGAUGAUGAUGAUGAUGAUGAUGAUCAUUCGGAUGUUGACGAUGAGGAUGAUGAUCAUGUUGACUGAUGAUGAUGAUGAUGAUAACGAUGAUGAUGAUGAUGAUGAUGAUGAUGAUGAUGAUGACGAUGAUGAUGAUGAUGAUGAUUAUGAUGAUGAUGAUGAUGAUGAUGAUGAUGAUGAUUCGGAUGAUGAUGAUGAUGAUGAUUCGGAUGAUGAUGAUGAUGAUUUGAUGAUGAUGAUGAUGAUGAUGAUGAUGAUGAUGACUCGGAUGAUGAUGAUGAUGAUGACGAUGAUGAUGAUGAUGAUGAUGAUGAUGAUGAUGAUGACGAUGAUGAUGAUGAUGAUGAUUAUGAUGAUGAUGAUGAUGAUGAUGAUGAUGAUGAUUCGGAUGAUGAUGAUGAUUCGGAUGACGAUGAUGAUGAUUCGGAUGAUGAUGAUGAUGAUGAUGAUGAUGAUGAUGAUGAUUCGGAUGAUGAUGAUGAUGAUUCGGAUGGAUGAUGAUGAUGAUGAUUCGGAUGAUGAUUCGGAUGAUGAUGAUGAUGAUGAUGAUGAUUCGGAUGAUGAUGAUGAUGUUCGGAUGAUGAUGAUUGAUGAUGAUGAUGAUGAUUCGGAUGAUGAUGAUGAUGAUGAUGAUUCGGAUGAUGAUGGUGAUGAUGAUGAUGAUGAUGAUGAUGAUGAUGAUGAUGAUGAUGAUGAUUCGGAUUAUUUGGAUGAUGAUGAUGAUCCGGAUGUUGAUGUUAAUUCGGAUGAAAUGAUGAUGAUGAUGAUGAUGAUGAUGAUGAUGAUGAUGAUGAUGAUGAUGAUUCGGAUUGAUGAUGAUGAUGAUGAUGAUGAUGAUGAUGAUGAUGAUGAUGACGAUGAGGAUGAUGAUUCGGAUCCGAUGAUAAUGAUGAUGAUUCGGAUGAUGACGAUGAUAACGUUGAUGAUGACGAUGUUGACGAUGAUGAUGAUGAUGAUGAUGAUGAUGGUUGAUGAUGAUGGAGACGAUGAUGAUGAUGAUGAUGAUGAUGAUGAUGAUGAUGAUUCGGAUGAUGAUGAUGAUGAGGAUGAUCAUGAUUCGGAUUAUGAUGCUGAUGAUGAUGAUGAUGAUGAUGAUGACGACGAUGAUGUUUCCGAUGAUGAUGAUGAUGAUGAUGAUGAU